UUGCGUGGGGGCGGGGCUCGCACGGCCGUUUCAGCAUGGCGGCCGGCGCAGCGGCUGCUUUGGCGUUCCUACAGCAGGAGAGCCGAGCCCGGGCUGCGGGCGUCGCGGGCCUCAGGGUCCCGGCUCCCGUCACGAUGGAUAGUUUCUUCUUCGGUUGUGAGCUCUCCGGCCACACCCGCUCCUUUACUUUCAAGGUUGAGGAAGAGGAUGAUACGGAACACGUGCUGGCUUUGAACACGCUGUGCCUUACCGAGGGGGCCAAGGACGAGUGUAACGUGGUGGAAGUCGUGGCCCGGGAUCACGACCAUCGGGAGAUUGCAGUUCCUGUGGCCAACCUCAGGUUAUCUUGCCAGCCCAUGCUCAGUCUAGAUGAUUUCCAGCUCCAACCACCGGUAACCUUCCGCCUGAAGUCCGGUUCAGGUCCUGUUCGGAUCACUGGUCGGCAUCAGAUCGUUUGUAUAAACAACGAUCUUUCUGAAGAAGAAAGUGAGGAUGAAAGCGAAGAAGAAAUUAAGCUGUGUGGCAUCCUUCCUGCCAAAAAGCAUAGGGCCAGGCCCUAGCCCUCUGGUCGGGUAGCUGCUUGCUAAGGGUGCCAUGCUCCAUAUGUUCCUGGACAAGUUCAAGAAUGGUUUUCUCGCUGAAGAGAAUAGAGGGCGGGAGGGAAGGGCUUGGGCUGGUGCUAAGAGAGUGGUCAUUGCCCAAGGCGUCCUGUGCUUCCCUUUUCUGUCGGGGUGGGACGACCUUUGAACACCUCCUGACCCACCUACCCAGAUUCAGCCCCCAGCACUGAAAAAGACAAAAAAAAGUUCAGAACACAUUUUUAACAUUUUACAUUUUUAGAUAAAUAUCUAAAUAAAGUGGUGUGUGGUUGUUUUGCA